AUGGAUCUGAUGGAUGGAUUCUAUCAGAUCCUCAUGCGUGAACGGGACACCCCGUACACAGCACUGAGCACCCCCAGUAGUAUGCUCUGGGAGUGGCUAGUGAUGCCACAGGGGCUAAGCAACGCCCCUGCAACGCUCAAAAGAUGUGCUAUGAAUCUGUUGCAAUCGGUGCGCGAUUUCGCACCGAGUUGUUUCGACGACGUCUUCGUCCAUAGCCGGGCUAUGGAUGGAAAGACGGUCGUGGAGGUUCAUAGAAUCCACGUCUGGAAGGUUCUUACACUAAUGCGAGCGCAUAAGUUUUUCGCGUAUCGCAAGAAGUGUAUAUUCGCAGCGAACGAAAUACCACUUCUUGGCUGCAUUGUGGGUAAAAACGGUAUACGCCCUGAUCCGGAAAAGAUCAAGGCGAUUAGCGACUGGCCUGUGCCAGUCGACGUCAAAGGACUUCGAAAGUUCCUUGGCUUGGCAGCGUAUUUGCACAAAUACUCGCGCAACUAUGCCGAGAUGAAUGUACAUCUCUCUCGUUUAUUAAAGAAAAACGAGAGGUGGUCAUGGAGCGCUGAGUGUUAG